AUGCCAUUCAUCCACAAAGAUGGUAAAGAUACUAUAAUCUUUGCUUCAAAGGAAGAUCAUGCAACACCUAGUAAAAUAGAACUUCCAGAGCCAGAACCAAGUCCUGGUCUCUUAUUAUCCAGUGGUGAGAUCAAUUGGAACUGCCCUUGUUUGGGUGGUAUGGCUACUGGACCAUGCGGUUUGGAAUUCCGCGAAGCCUUUUCUUGUUUUCAUUAUUCAACUGCGGAACCGAAAGGUUCAGAUUGUUACGAUGCAUUUAAAACUAUGCAAACGUGCAUGGUACAGUAUCCAGCAUUGUAUGGGAAAAAAGAAGGAUCUUUAGAGGAUCUAGAAGAUGAAGACCCAAUGGAAGAGCAUGCAAAAAAUUUAGAAGUGGACAACAAAGGUUCCCAUUUAGAAUCAAAAGUGAAAGAGUUACCUCAUACAUCCAGUGUGGAAACGGGAAUAGAACAAUCCAAUGCCAAGUGAAUGUUUGUGAAUAAAUAAUUAAUGUAUUUGUAUAGUAUAGGUAGAAUAAAUUUUUCAGGACUUAAUGAAACAAGAUCUCUGAAGUUUAUGAAUAAGGGAUAGGUUGUGCAAGAAAGCAUUUUUGUAAAAAUAAAGUACUUCUAAAUGCUGCUUUCUA